AUGACACAACCGCUGAAAAGGGGCAAGAUGCCGUGGAUGGGACGAUCAUUACUAGUGCAGGCGCAGGGCCGCACCAGAACCCGAGGGAAUAUCAAAGUCGCAGCCAUACUCAGCAGGCCCAGGAACAUCCACAUCGGCGGGCGACCAAAGCCAUCACCUUCGUCAACAUUGUUUGAGCUGCCCCCGGCGAUCAUCGACCUCGAUUCAGAAGACAGCCCUCACGUCCGACCGUCUGACUUCAAAGACGAGCUGGAGAUGUGGGAGCAGUGGAGGGAAGUCCCCGAGCUUAAUAAUUUGCAAGGGCGCGUGGCCAACUUCAAGGUUGAGGCAGAGGCAUCAAAGACGCGAUGGGAAGACUGGCCUUUACCGGGCCAACCCCGCCGCCUCACGGAACGCGAUAUCCUGGCCACGGUCUUCCUGGGUACCGAUUCUCCACAGCCAGCGACGGAGCAGAGUGAAUCUAAUGGAAAUGGACAACAUCGACUCGGAAGACUUGACCAGCCAAUGUUCGGUAGCCUGUCCAAGGACUUUCUCGACUCGAUUGGCAUCCCGCUCCGCAUCUCAGCCGACAACCAAUUCACCGUCCAAGUCCUUCUCAGUCGACUUGCCGUCCAGUCUCAAAUGCCACCGUCCCCCACAGAGGAUGACCUAUGUGACAAAUUCAGGACGAGCACCCGCGAGGCUUCUUUGAGUUUCCACGACCUGAAAAGGAUGCUUGCCUCGUUGCUUCAGACCGACUCCGGCCGCCGCGUCCUGUCUCGGUCUGUAGGCGACAUCAUUCGUGCUUGUGCCAAGUUCUGCUCCGAACCCCAAGUUUCCAUCCUCGUCCUUCUUAAGCAAGUCGAGUUUGCCCUGGCAGCGCGGGGUCUGCCCUUUGAUAUGGCCUCCCAUUCCCAGGGCACGUGGUUGAAAACCCGUCUAGACAACAUCGCAACCCGGGAAAUCGCAGAUACACCGACAUCCAGAUCUUAG